AUGCCUUCUGUCUCAGAUGUUUCAAGUACACCUUCUGCUCUUGAAUCUUUUGUCGACAGUUCAACAGCCUUCGUGGACCCAGUAGGAAAUAAAACCCAUAUGGCCACAUCCUCCAAAGAAGUUUUCAAAGUAACUACGUCAAGUUUAAACAACACGUCAGAGGCUCCCAUGAAGCCUUCCGUUGUGGAUGCAGAACACUUGAAUCAGGAUAGUAGUUCGGCAGAUGGCAGCAACACGGCAGCGAAAAUGAAGCUAGCUGAUGGUGACGUUCGACUUACUAAGUCAAAGGAUUCCGGGGUUUUGGAUGGUCCAGGGGAUGACGAAAUGGAAAAACUAUCGGUCGUUGAUGGUAGUAGUACUGCAGAUGCAAUGAAACAAGACGAAAAAAUUCAUGAAAAUGACCCUAAGUUGUCAAUACUCAUUAUACCAUCUCUAGCACCCCACGAACUUGAGUCUGAAUCGAUCACAAAUGGCACUAUCGGAUUAUCCGAACCACCCGUCCUCACGACUACGAUUCCUCUUUCGAAGAACAAUUCUAUUUCAUCCCCUAUGUUGGUUGAAGGUUUGUCACAGAAUCACGAAUCAAAACCUCGAUCAAAUGACUCCUACCGCCUCACAUCUUCCUACAACACUAAAUGGGACAGGAGAACCCCACGUCGUCGCCACAAUGAGCGUAUCCGCUAUCAUUACAUGAAGUCAGUUCGAUACGUCUAUGUGUCUGUGGGCCUUUUGACGAUUAUCGCCUGGUUUAUUUUACUCCCGCUGACUGGGUUGAUUCCCUACGUUCGCCAUAUUUUUGAGUGUUUUACAGUUCAAACCUCUCAUCGGCUAAGCUCCCAGAUUGAAGACCAAUCUCAUAGAGGUGUUUUUAGUGCGAAACCAAAUGAUGAUGUAGAGACGAUUGAUUUUCCUGGAGAUCCACAGCCUGAGAUUAGCAGCCUCGCAGAAAAUGAGUCACCACCACCUCAAAUAGCAUCGAAGAAUGUAGCUUGGAGCGCUAAGGGAGGAGAAGGUCAACUUCAGGAAAAGCCUACGUUCCAUGUUAGCGUAUCGGUGCCGAAUUUUGCUGUUCUUCGCUCAGUUCGUCAUAACCCAUCGCAAGCUCAUCGUAAGAAUAUGGAAUCUUCCGAUAUAGACGCGAACGAUACCUUUGAGACACCGGAGCAGUCAGUAUACCUGAAUUACGCGCCUGAACCGACAAUCUGGCCCUUGGUAACCUGGCCAAAGGACUUCUGGGUGCUCGCUGCCACCUUUCUUUUUGCGGGACUGGAGACAACUUAUGGGGCCUUCAUUCAUAGCUUCACUCUGAAAACACUUAAUUGGACACCGGUAGAUGCAUUGCUCGUCACGAUGGUGUUUUGGUCAGGUGAUGCAAUCGGGCGCCUUUGCCACCUGUGCUUGGGUGCCAGCUCAGAUAUGGGCAUCAGCCUCCUUCAAAACGCCGUUAAUUUCCCUUCAAAAGAGAAUCCUCAGUCCCCUUCAACGUUACCUGCCCAGCGCAGCUGUCGACGUGAAAGAUCGUUUCACAUUGCAGCACUCUUCAUUCGAACCGUAGCCCCCCUCAUCUGCUUCAUUUGUGCCAGUAUGAUGAAGGAGUUGACUUCAUCGCAUCCCGCCUACUGCCCUCGCUCCGAUCAGUCUGGUAACGCAAUAUUUGAGUCUUGGAGCACCUCCAAAGACCGUGCCACCUGGAUGGCUACGCUGGGCCUCGGUUUAGGGUUGGGCGCCACCGCGGGCAGCGGCUUGAAUGUCUACAAUUCUCGUGGUCACCGCUUCUAUCUCGUCUUUUUGCUUGGCCAACUCGCUGUACCCGCCACCUCGGGUUAUCUCACAGAGCGAGUGUUACAUAAAAACGCCUCGGAGACUCUCGGCCGCACAACUGUCAUCCUCUCUAUCCUCAUGCUCCUCUCCCUCCUCAUCGAUCUGCUCCUCAUAGUGGUUCGUCGCUUCUUCUGGUGGAAGAUAGUCACUAAUUGGUUCUCUUACCUCUUCGAGGAGGAGAAAGAAAAGCUUGAAACUAAACGGGAUGCUAUAGGUACUGACGAACAUGCUCAGCCGAAAGAAAGCCUCAUUCACGCACCCAUCCCUCAGACGCUGACAAAGGACACCAUUAAGGUCGAUGAAAUUCAACUGGAGGCUCUUGUCCUCCGACCUGACUUCGCACAGACUCACGUCACAGCCACACCUGCCGCCGACAUACAAAUCAUUCAAACAGGCGCAUUAUGA